UAAAUGUCGUUCGAGUUGUAAGAGUAAAAUUGAAGUACUAAAUUGUGAGAAAGAAUAAAUUAAAAUUACAUUAAUAUGAUCUGUAUUAUAAAAUGUGUAAUAUUGGCGACAGCUAUACCAAUUAUUGCUGGAUAUUUUAGCUAUAGUAAACGUGAUCAACAUACAUGGAUUCAAAAUUUUAAAUUAUGUGGUGGAAAAUUGCAAUCUCCAAUAUCCAUAUCAUCAUCCAAAUCAAUAACUCUUCCUUUACCUGCACUUGAAGUAAUUGGCUAUCAUGAUUUUCUACCUAGCCCAUUAUAUUUAGAAAACAAUGGUCAUUCAGUUGUAAUUAAUAUAAAUAAUCACUUAAGAAGAAGACUACCUUAUAUAUUUGGAGGCUCACUUGAUAUAAAUCAAGAAUAUGAAGUAGAUCAUUUGCACUUUCAUUGGGGCGCAAAAAAUAACAGGGGAUCAGAGCAUACUUUAAAUGGUGUUAGAUAUCCUAUGGAAAUGCAUAUAGUUCAUAAAAAUAGGGCUUAUUCAAAUUUAUCUAAUGCACUAAAUUACAAAAAUGGUCUUGUAGUUCUAGGAAUCUUUUUCCAAUUACAGGAAGAAGAUAACAAAUCCUUAUACUCUAUCGUAAAUGCCUUAACAAACGUGCAAUUCUUAAAUAAUGAAAUAGCAUUAAAUAAGCCUAUAAGGCUAGUUUCAUUAUUGCCUAAAAAUAUAGAUGUAUUUUAUACUUAUAAGGGUUCAUUAACUACACCACCAUGUAAUGAAGUAGUAACCUGGAUAAUUUUUCCCACGCCUGUAUCAAUAUCUGUUUCGCAGUUAAAGAAAUUUAGAAAUCUUUUCAGUAAAGAUGGUAUGUUAACUGAUAAUUAUAGAAAAUUACAAGAUAUAGGACUUAGAAAAGUGUAUGUUAGAAGAUUAAAUCCAUAUUUAGUUGCAAAAUAUAACGAAGAGAUUUUUAAUGUUACGAAUUUAAAGUGGUUUUCGUAAUUAAAUAAAUUCUAGAUUAAAUUAAUUUUCCAACUUUGAGUUGUUUAAAGAAAAUAAAAUACGAUAUAUUUUUGUAAAGUAUUCAAAAGUAUUUUAAAAAAAUAUUGAAUUGAAAAUGUAAAUUUCUAUGAUGUUCAAUUAAGAAUUAUAAGUAAUCUUAGAAAUAAUUUAUAUUACACGAAGAUAUCUUCGUAGGCAAAAUUAAAUGGUUUCGGAGUAGUAUAUCACAAGGUAUAAUUGUACUGUAAAUGGCGGUAUUUUAAAGCUUUAAAAAUUACUUUUAUCUUUUUAAGUUGAUUUAUAUAUAUUUUUUUACGCGAAUCAAUGCGUAGUUUUAUUCUCUAGAAAAAAGUGUUAAGUAUUCUUGUGUUCACUUUCCUUAUCUUUCAUUUGACAAAAUUUACAAACUUAAAAGAUAAAAUAUCUUUCAAAUUAAUUGUAUUAAUCGUAAAUGAAUUUAAAAAUAUUUUGAAAUUUUUUAAAUGUCUUCACUCUCUUACUAUUCUAAACUAUUUAAUUUUAUCCAGAGAAAUUUUCUUCUAUUUCUUACUAUUUUAAAACUAUAAAUCACUAAAUUAUGUAAUAUAAAAAGAACUAAAUAAAAACUGACGAAUGAUGUUCAAUAAAAGAUCUUUUUAUUUAAUAAGAACAAUAUAACAUAAACUUCAUAAAUCGAUGUAAAAUAAUAAAGGUGGUGAAUAAAUACAUUAUUAUCAAAUAUAUUUAUUAAAGACA